UCAAAAAAGUCACAAAUUCAAAAGCUACAAAUCCAACCGAGGAAACUCGUCUUCUUCCGGAACGCCUUCUGUUCAGAAAAAAAGGAGUUUCAUGCCGCGCGUCUGCUUCCAGUGAACCUUUGUUGAAAACCUCCUCAGCAUCUAUGGAAAAGGGAAAAUACCGAGCAGUGAUUCUUCUCGUCAUUGUGGGAUACUUCUUCAUAACUGUCUUUAACAUAUUGCCACCUAAAACCAACUGGGUCAGCCCAAAGCCAAAGCCUGUUCUGCCUCUACGUUUAAUCUCCCAGCAGAGCAUCACUCCGCUCCCCAACACCAAGCACUUCCUGGUGUCGGCUUUCAUGGACCAGAGAGUGAAGGGCUUUGACAUCCGCAUCAUAGGAAUAUUCAGAAGAGACUCCAUCCAUCCUCUUCAUUGCAUUUUCUUCUGUGCUGGAUUUUACAGUGAAACCACUUCUGCAUCAGUUCUACUACAUUCUGAUCACUUUGGUUUUCCCUUCGGAGCUACAGAUGUUUUGUGUCGCAUACCUGAAAACUGUGAUGCAACUCAUGUGACUCUUCUGACCCAACCAAGUCCAGUUAAUGUAUCUGAUCAUCUAUGGCUGCCAAUAAGAAACAAAAAGACCCCCAGCAAGGAGAACAGACUGAACUUCACUGUCUGCAUCUCAAACCUCUUUGGAGAUUACAACAAUGUGCUUCAGUUUGCACAAACUCUGGAGAUGUACAAGUUGCUUGGUGUGAACAGAGUGGUGAUCUAUAACACCAGCUGUGGUCCUGAACUCGACCGUCUUCUGAAGUUCUACAGUCAGGAAGGUUUUGUAGAAAUGGUUCCAUGGCCCAUCGACAAGUAUCUGAAUCCGUCUAGAGGCUGGAACUUUGCAGAACAUGGAGGAGACCUGCACUAUUUCGGCCAGCUCACCACCCUCAAUGAGUGCAUGUAUAGAUCCAUGGAGCGUUCACGCUACGUCCUCCUGAAUGACAUAGAUGAGAUCAUAAUGCCAUACAAACACAACAACCUGAACGCUCUAAUGGAUUCACUGCAACCACGACAUUCAAAUGUUGCAGAGUUCCUCAUUGAAAACCACAUCUUCCCCAAGAAACACUUUGAGCCAAGUGGAAGAUUCAAUUUUUCUCGGUGGAACAAGGUGCCAGGAAUUAACAUUCUGGAGCACAUCUACAGAGAAAGCCCUGACAGGAAGAUUUAUCACCCACACAAGAUGAUAGUUCAGCCAAGGUUGGUGGAGCAGACAUCGGUGCAUGAAGUCCUGAAGAAGUUUGGCCUGCGGUAUAAAGUUCCCAUGGACGUUUGUCGCAUCGUUCACGUCCGUGUGGCUCUGCAAGGAUCACUGAAGCUGGAGCAGCUUAACGAGGACAAGCGACUGUGGGACUUCCAGGAAAAACUGAUCCCCAACGUGGACAAGGCUCUGCAGAGAGCAGGAAUGCUGAGGGUGGAGGAGCGGAGCUGAGGGGACGGCAGGUAGAAAGAUGAGCAUCACCCCAGUUAGUUUUCCAUUAUGUAACCUUUAAAAAAAUCAAGGUUAUUGGCACAGAUGCACUGUUCAGCACAAAAGGGGAAUGAAAUAAACAUUUACAGUUGUUUUGCCUCCAUUCAGAGUUUUGGGGAAUAUAAGUGUUUUCGAAGUGAUAAGGAUCCGUUGUUUGUAAAACUGUUGUUUGGAAAUAUGAAAUAUUAACCGGACAAUCGUUAAAUCUAAGAACAUCCCGGCUCUCAUGAUGUUAUUCUUUACGUGUGUAAAGUCUGUUACUCUAAAAACGUUAAAAAUGGGGUUUUGUGACCUUAUCUGUCUAUGAUUAAAUUUUCUGCUGUGGAAGAAUUC